CAGGUGAUGUUUCAGACAUGAACACCAUGUUCCCACUGUUGCUGAUGCUGCUUGGAGUCUCUCAUGGUAUGAACAACAACUGUGAUGCCAGACAGGAUGGAGCUAAGUGUUAUGGGGCUCAAGGAGGAUCUGUGGUCCUCCAGCUGAUGGACGAUGCCUCACGCAUAUUUAAAUAUCAAUGGUUUAAGGAAACAGUGCAAAUACUACAUGGAAGACACGACAAGAUUCUGUCUAAUCGGAUAGAAAGCAGAUCCUCAUUUACUCCCAGAAAUGGAAAAUUACAGAUCAAUAAACUUAGCGGGAAUGAUGGUGGUGAAUACACUCUUGAAAUCUACUUCGAUUCAAGUGGGGCCAGUCCAGUGACCCGGACUCUACAGCUGACCAUUCAAGCUCCUGUGUCCUCUGUGGUGCUGGUCUCUAAAUGCCUGGCUGAGAGAGGGAUGGCCGUCUUCUGCUCUGCUGGAGAAGGAGACAGUCCUCAGUACAGCUGGACUCUGGACGGACUAACAGUGAAGGACUCCCAGCUCCUCUCUGGAAACAGUGAGAGUCAGAUCAUCACUUUGAAAGAAGACGUGUCGGGACAACUGGCCUGCUCGGCCAAGAAUCACAUCAGCAGUGUUUCAGAAGAGAAGAGGAUAACCCCCUGUGGUUUGGAAACGUUCUGUGAUGGCAGGCAGGCAAGAACUACAUGUUAUGGUGCUCUAGGAGGAACUUUGGUUCUCCAGCUGAUGGACAAUGCCUCAGAAAUAUUUCAGUACCAGUGGUUAAAAGGACAAAAGCAAAUGCUUCACUGGAGAAAGAAUAAGACUGUGUUUAAUCAGAUAGAAUACAGAUCCUCAUUUACUUCCAACAAUGGCACAUUGAGGAUCGAUGACCUGGGCCGGAAUGAUGAUGGUGAAUACACUCUGAAAAUCUUUGAUUCACAAAGAAUGCCUUCAGAGGAGCGAACUAUGCGGUUGAUGAUUCAAACUACUGUGUCCUCUGUCAUGCUGACCUUUAAGUGUCAGUCCCAGGGAGAGAUGAGAGCUGCCUGCUUUUCUGAGGGAGGAGACGGUCCUCAGUACUUCUGGACUCUGGAUGGAGAAACACUGACGGACUCUCAGCUCCUCUCUGUAAGCAGUGAGAGUCAGAUCAUCACUCUGAAAGAAAACGUAUCAGGACGACUGGUGUGCUCAGUCAGGAAUCACAUCAGUCAGAUAUCUGCCUGUGGCUUCCUUUUCAAUAACUGUAUCUCACCCAAUGGGACGUACAUUUCACACUGGACACAUCAGUCAAGGAACAACUUGUGUUUAGAGCCAAAGACAGCCCCCACCAUGACUCCAGACAACUCUGUGGAUCCAUCCCUGCUUAUAUGCAGUUCACGAGCAGCUGUGGUAAUUCUGAUAAUAAUCGGGGUUUUCAUUUGUUUUGCUUGCAAGAAAAAUAAAUCCCAGAAAGCUGAAGGCUUUGCAGGCCCUGAGAUGGUUAAUGAAAAUACUUCUGUUGCAGUGGUUGAAAUGAGAAGCUCUGAAUCUGAACUCUAACUCUGUGAAACAAAUAUUGUCUGUGCUGAAUCUACCGGCUAUGAAGAGGCCAUGUACCUUUACAGGUGUUUGGGUUCAAUAUUUUCCUCUUUCUUCUUUUACUUCUUUCUUUAUCUCACUUUUGAUUAAAAGAAAAUGUGCAUGUGUGUAAAUAAAGUGUGAAUUGUAUGAUAAAAUGUAAAAUGGACAUUCAAGGAAAAUCUUUCUGGUUUGAGAAUGUUCUGUAAGUUGAUUUGAUGUUUUGAGACUUAUUUCUUUCAGUUUUACAUUAACACUUUAUUUUUUAUUUCAUAUUAUCAUCACAUUUAAAUAUUGUUGUUAUUGAAUUCAUACUUUGUUCCAAGUAACUCUGUGUAACCUCCUGUGUUUUGUCAUUUGCUUAGGGCUGGCUGUGACAAAUGGGGGCUUGUCUGGGAUUUGAACCCCAGACCUCUUGCACCCCAAGCAAGAAUCAUACCCCUAGAUAUUUCUCCACUGUCUGUAAGAUCUAUGAAAACAUAAGCAUACAGUGCAAUUAAAAUAUUU